GCGGUCUUUUUCCCCGCCCGCCCCGCCUGCCAGCGCCCGCGAGGCCCCGCCUCUGGUUCGGUGCGGGAGCCGGGCCGGCCUGUGGCUGAGACCGCGCGCGCGGCUCGGGGCGGGUCCGCAUUGGCAGAGGCAUGGCCCGCGUGGCCUCUGGGGUCAGCCACACCGCGGGUGGGCAACGUCCCUUCUCUGGGCCUCGAUUCCCGCGUCUAUUAACGGGGGCGAGAACAGAGCUUCAGGGCAGUACCGCCUGUCAGUCCCUCCUGAAAGCCCUGCCCCUGUGGGUCUGACCCGUUCUGGGGUCCAAACGCAGCGAUGGACUCGCCGGCAGCGCCCCAGGACCGCCUGGUGGAGCAGCUGCGGUCAAGGCGGACCCGGGCCCAGAGGCGGCUCAAGGAUAUCAACAAGCAGUACGUGGGCUUGGCCACACUGACCGAUCAGGUGCACCAGAAGUCUGUGAAGAAGGGCUUCGAUUUCACUCUUAUGGUGGUGGGUGAGUCGGGCCUGGGGAAGUCCACGCUGGUCCACAGCCUCUUCCGGACCGACUUGUACAAGGACCGGAAGCUGCUCGGUGCCGAGGAGCGCAUCAGACAAACGGUAGAGAUCCUGAAGCACACGGUGGACAUUGAGGAGAAGGGGGUCAAGCUGAAGCUCACCAUUGUAGACACACCGGGCUUCGGGGAUGCUGUCAACAACUCUGAGUGCUGGAAGCCCAUCACCGAUUAUGUGGACCAGCAGUUUGAGCAGUACUUUCGUGACGAGAGUCGCCUCAACCGCAAGAACAUCCAAGACAACCGUGUGCACUGCUGCCUCUACUUCAUCUCCCCUUUUGGACACGGGCUGCGGCCAGUGGAUGUGGGUUUCAUGAAGGCUCUGCAGGAGAAGGUGAACAUUGUGCCCCUCAUCGCCAAAGCUGACUGUCUCGUCCCCAGCGAGAUCCAGAAGCUGAAGGAGCGGAUCCGGGAGGAGAUUGACAAGUUUGGGAUCCACGUGUACCAGUUCCCUGAAUGUGACUCUGACGAGGAUGAGGACUUCAAGCAGCAGGAUCGGGAACUGAAGGAGAGUGCGCCCUUCGCGGUUAUCGGCAGCAACACAGUGGUGGAGGCCAAGGGGCAGCGGGUCCGGGGGCGACUGUACCCCUGGGGGAUCGUGGAGGUGGAGAACCAGGCACACUGCGACUUUGUGAAGCUUCGCAACAUGCUGAUCCGCACACACAUGCAUGAUCUCAAGGACGUGACAUGCGACGUGCACUAUGAGAACUAUCGCGCGCACUGCAUCCAGCAGAUGACCAGCAAACUGACCCAGGACAGCCGCAUGGAGAGCCCCAUCCCCAUCCUACCACUGCCUACCCCGGAUGCUGAGACAGAAAAGCUCAUCAGGAUGAAGGAUGAGGAGGUUAGUGGGGCCACAGGGGAGGAGAAGGGGUGGGGGUGGGGGUCCAGCCCCUCCUAUCACGUUUGUCACUCUACCUUCUGCUAUUCCCGUCUCACCUCCAGCGAAGGCGCAUUCAGUAGAUGCUGCAGAAGAUGA